GUUGUAAUAUGUGAUGCAAGUGUUUUAUAAACAAUGGAGACAGAAGAAGUUUAUAGUCUUGCAAUCAGUCCACCCAUUGUGUCAAGGUUCGCAGUUCAAUGGUCUGAUGACAAUCAUAUAUCAGUUCUUACAGAGAAAGGAAUUCAUACAUUUGAAUUUAUACCUACUCCAAUGUCUCCUUAUUCGACCAUAAAGUUUUCUAGAUCAUUUAUUUAUGUGCCAUUGAUUUUUCCUGUGGAAGUUAUAAUGAAUAAAAUAGAAUCAAAAAUUUGGAAUAUGCAUCGUGAAGCAGUUUAUUCAUUUAUAAUGGAAGAAGGUCUGACCCCAAAGAUAUCUAAUGUUAAGGAGAUGAUUCCAAAAAUAGUUGACUUAGCAUGGUCACCGCAGAAUAUAAUCAGUCCUAAUAAUUGCCUUCUUGCAAUUGUAACAUCGACAGGAGCUGUUAUAAUUGUUCACAAAAUUGCCACAGAUUGGUAUCCUGCAUAUGACUUGUGUUCCAUACGUUACAAUGCUGUAGAGGCUGAGAUUACUACAAAGUUGAAAGAUACUAAAAGUGAUCUUGUUUCAUUCAUGACACUAAAAAAUUGUAUUAAAACACUACAAGCUUCUUGUAUGGCUUGGAGCAUGCUUUUGGCAGAUUUUGCAUACCUUGCUGUUGCUUAUCAAAAUGGAGACAUAAUUAUUUAUAAAAUUCCAACUAUAUUACACUGUAGUGAAAUACCAGACUCUAAAAUUGUGGGCACAAUACAUUUGAAUGAGUGUAUAAAAAUAAAUGCAUUGCAUUGGAUUAGCAUUGAUGCAAAAAGAUAUGUAAUUAUUGUUGCAUAUUUUGAUGGACGUAUUCAUGGUCUUACAAUUGAAGACUGUGAACAGGUGAUUGAGUUGAAAUCAGUUGAUAAAUAUUAUGAUUAUGUGGAUCGUAUAUCUGUUAGUGCUAUAAGAACAUUUCCUCAAAAUGGUACAAGCAUAAAAAUUCUGAUUUCAAAAGGUAGUUUUCUCUUCUUAUUGCAUUUAACAAACGAGGGAACACUAAAAACUAUGCAACACUUGCAAUUAGAAGGAUUCAUGAUAUCAGGAUUAACAUUUACGAGUGUAGAUUAUGCAUUAGUCACAACAGAAAAUAAUUCAAUGUUUGCAAUUGACCUACAAGAAAAUAAGUUUCUUAAUAUCAAAGUAAAGAAUGUAUUGCAACAAGCUCAAGUGCGAUACCUCGGUCUUGCUCAUUCUUUAAGCUAUGUAAUAUUUGUAACUGUAACUUCUCCAAACACUGUAUAUGAUCAUUUAAUAACAAAAGAACCAAGUAAAGUUCAUUUCUUUGCUUUGAAAAAUAAAAAUUGGGAUCCAACAUUCAUUUUAAGUAAAAGCAAAGGAGAAAGGUUUGAAUAUUUGUGGGAUUGUUUAGAAAUAAUCAGAAUAAAAGCAACAAAAGCAGUAGAUCCUGCAACUGUAUUGCCAAAAGUGCCAUCCAAUUUAGAACUUUUGUCUUUGAAUGAGUUACGAUUAGCAAUGUGGACAUCAGUAAUGAUGAAAAUUUGUGAGAAGAAGAAAGUAAUAGAUGGCAUAGGAAGUAUUGCUGGAGAAAUAUCAGAAGCACAGCCUUUGAUCUUUGUCCACACUGCUUGUAAUUAUCUUGAACAUCUGGAAAAUCAUGUCCCUUUAUCCCAAGAGCAGGAACUCUCUGUACACUUACUGAAAAUGUACUUUGAAGUCUAUUUAGCAGGAGAGGAAAAUGAAGAAGUUACUCCACUUUCCAAGCGUGUUAGAGACAUUGUAAAUAAAACAUCUCAAUACGAUAGAAGUAAAAUUGAAUCUUGUAACUUGUGCGGCGAAGUAAUACAUGAUCUAUCUUGGAAAGUAGUGAAAUGUUCACAAGGUCACAUACUACCUAGGUGUGCUAUUACUCUCUUGCAAAUAACUAGUAUGCAAUACAGGAUAUGUCAGAUAUGUGGUUUAAUGUUUCAUCCAUGCUUAGAUCAAGUGUUUGAUAAAACUAGGUGUCUGUUUUGUGAUGUACCUGCACAUCAAGAAAAUCGAGUGUUGGGUUCAAAGUCUUUUGUAGCUUUGGAGAAUAGCUUGUCUAAGCGAACUAAUUAUGUCUCAGAGACGCCAGAAGAUCGAGAAACGGAGGCAGCUGUUGAUGAACCUUAAAAUUGAAACAUUACUACAUUUGUAA